AAGAAAACAAAGUAAGAGGAAACGUUCCCAGGAUUUUAAAUCUCAUGAGCCCAGAAUCCGGGAAAAUCCUGUUGAGAACCAUGCCGUGAAAUUGGCUUCGGGCCGCGUACCCACACCCCGCUCCUCGGUCGUUCCGCUUCUGCAUCUUCCUAACAGUCAUCCCGUCGGACGUCCCCUGAGGACACAGCAGCUGGCCGGAGUCCCCAGACCAGACAUCUCAAAGAUUUAUAGCAACAUCACCAGCUUCACGACUCUCACCUACUGAACUGACAGAAAUGCAGAAUGAUCUCUUUAAUAAAGAGAAAAACAAGCAGUUAUCCUUAACUCCCAGAACUGAGAAGAUUGAAGUUAAACAUGUUGGGGACACUGACCCUGGCACUAUCUUCGUGAUGAAUAAAAACAUUUCAACUCCUUACAGUUGUGCCAUGCAUUUAAGUGAGUGGUACUGCAGUAAGUCCAUUCUGGCUCUUGUGGAUGGACAGCCUUGGGACAUGUAUAAGCCAUUGACCAAAUCCUGUGAAAUUAAAUUUCUUACUUUCAAAGACCAAGAUCCAGGAGAAGUGAAUAAGGCUUAUUGGCGUUCUUGUGCCAUGGUGAUGGGCUGUGUGAUAGAGAGGGCAUUCAAGGAUGACUAUGUGGUCAGUUUGGUUAGAGCUCCAGAAGUUCCUGUAAUUGCUGGAGCAUUCUGCUAUGAUGUAGUUUUGGAUAAGAGACUUGAUGAAUGGAUGCCAACAAAAGAGAACCUACGUUCCUUCACAAAAGAUGCUCGUGCUUUAAUUUAUAAAGAUCUUCCUUUUGAAACUCUGGAAGUUGAAGCAAAAGUGGCAGUAGAAAUAUUUCAACACAACAAGUACAAAAUAGUUUUCAUAGAAGAGAAGGCAGCUCAGAACCCUGAGAGAAUAGUCAAGUUACAUAGAUUUGGUGACUUCAUUGAUGUGAGUGAGGGUCCUCUAAUUCCAAGAACAAGUAUUUGUUCCCAGUAUGAGGUGUCUGCAGUUCACAAUAUUCAAGCUACCCAGUCGAGUCUUGUACGAAGAUUCCAGGGCCUCUCUUUACCUGUUCACUUAAGAGCACAUUUUACGAUAUGGGGUAAGCUAUUGGAAAGAUCUAGGAAAAUGGUAACUGAAGCUCAAACUAAACCUACAGAGGAAAGUAUGUCUACCUAGUAACUUCCUAAAAUGUACAUAUGUAUAACACAUUUCAAUAAAAGUUUUCUGUGUAAUA